AGCAUAUUCUCUCUCAAGAUUAAAAAAUUUAUUUAGCCCAAAAUUUUGUCUGAAAUCCGGAGAGUUUGACCACUUAUUAAAAUGAAAACUUUUAUAUGGUAAUGAAUGCAAGUAUGCAAAUCCAAACUUGUUUGAUAAUUGCACAUCAGCCCUCUUUCCUCUCAAACAAAAAGUUCUCAAUAGGCAAAUAGAGAAGAAAAGAAAGUGAGACAGAGACUGAGUCUCACACUCAAGCCAGAGCUCCAUGGCCAUGGCCACCAUGAUGACGAGCAGAAUGAUGGGCAUGUCCCCACCGCCAGUACCACCACCACCCAUCAUCUCAUCUUCGCCGUUGGCAAGUCAGCCACGGUCAGCUCUAUCAUCAAGGCACAACCAACCCCCAACCCGUACAAUCCCAGGAUCCCACGGCUGGCCUUUGCUAGGACCAAUAUCCGACCGUCUAGACUACUUCUGGUUCCAAGGCCCGGACACCUUCUUCAGGUCAAGAAUGGAGAAGCACAAGAGCGCCGUUUUCCGUACCAAUGUUCCUCCAAGUUUCCCUUUCUUUGUGGGAGUGAACCCCAACGUUAUAGCUGUUGUCGACUGCAGGUCUUUUGCUCAUCUUUUCGACAUGGAAAUAGUGGAGAAAAAAGAUGUUUUGGUAGGGGACUUCAUGCCUAGCCUCAAGUUCACUGGAAAUACCAGGGUUUGUGCUUAUCUUGAUACCGCUGAGCCAAAACAUGCCCAGCUCAAGAACUUUGCCAUGGACAUUCUCAAGCGGGGCUCCCAGGUGUGGGUGACAGAGCUCCUUGGCAACCUCGACAAAUUCUUGGACACCAUCGAAUCCGAAAUCUCUACAAACGGCAGCUCAUCCUACAUCCCACAUCUCCAAAGCAUGGUCUUCAACUUCCUCGCCAAGUCCCUCCUUGGAGCCGACCCUACCAUCGACCCUGACAUAGCCAAUUCCGCUCCCUUCACCCUCAACUUAUGGCUCGGCCUCCAACUCCUCCCCACCAUUGUCGUCCGAGUCAUUCAGCCCCUGGAAGAAAUCUUUCUUCAUUCAUUCACUUAUCCUUACGCUCUCAUCAGCGGAGGCUACCAAAAACUCUAUGACUUCAUUGAACGACACGCUAAAGAAGUUGUACAGCGCGGUGAAAUAGACUUUGGCCUUUCCACGGCCGAUUGCAUCCACAACUUGAUCUUUGUUAUUGGCUUCAAUGCCUUUGGUGGUUUCUCUAUAUUUUUACCAACAUUGUUCGCUGCUAUAACCAGUGAUAAAACUGGGUUACAAGCCAGGUUAAGGGAUGAAGUGAGGAAAAUGAGUGGGUCAUCAACGAGGUUGAGUUUUGAUUCGUUGACAGAGAUGGAGCUGGUGAACUCAGUUGUUUACGAAACGUUGCGUUUGAACCCGCCUGUUGCACUUCAAUAUGCACGAGCUAGGAAGGAUUUUCAACUCGCUUCUCAUGACUCGGUUUUCGACAUAAAAGAAGGUGAGUUGUUGUGUGGGUAUCAACCUUUGGCGAUGAGAGAUGGCAAAGUUUUCAAUGAACCGGAGAGUUUUAAGCCGGACCGGUUCGUGGGGAAAGGGAAAGAGUUGCUGAGUAACUUGUUCUGGUCGAAUGGGCCACAGACGGGGUCGCCGAGCGAGUCGAACAAGCAGUGUGCGGCAAAGGAUUAUGUGACUAUGUCAGCCUCGUUAAUAGUAGCUCGCAUGUUUCAAAGGUAUGAUUCAAUUAGCGGAGACUCUAGUAAAAUCACAGCCGUUGAAAAGGCAAAGUGAUGAUGGAUAGAAGAAUUUUGAUGGACCAGUGUUUAUUAAAAGUAAGGAUAUGGAGGUCCCAUGGAUUCAAUGAUGUCAUUAAUGAAUGUCGAUGAUGAUCGUCGUUUUCUUC